GGUAGCGGCUCGGGCAGUGGCGGAGUCGGCUACGGCGCCUGAGGCCAAGGCAGCGGAUCCCUUGCAGCUCCAGCGCCGGCGGCGCUAAAGCGCCAGCCUUCCUUCCUUCUGUACCCGGUCCGCUCGCAGCAGGCCGGCCCUCUCCUCCCCUCCCUGCCUCUGCCCUGCCCUCCUCCCUUGGUGCCCGCCUGCCCGCCCUGCCCUGCCCUGCCCAGCCCAGCCCGCUGGCCCCCGGAAUGGAGUUGCCCGGGGGCCUCGGUGUGGCGGGGCCCAGCAACGUCCCUGCCUUCCUGACCAAGCUGUGGACCCUAGUGAGCGAUCCGGAGACAGACCCGUUGAUCUGCUGGAGCCCGAGUGGGAAUAGCUUCCAUGUUUUUGACCAAGGCCAGUUUGCCAAGGAGGUGCUGCCAAAGUACUUCAAGCACAACAACAUGGCCAGCUUCGUUCGGCAACUCAAUAUGUAUGGUUUUCGAAAGGUUGUCCACAUUGAACAAGGCGGCCUGGUGAAGCCGGAGAAAGAUGACACAGAGUUUCAGCACCCAUACUUUAUCCGGGGCCAAGAGCAGCUCCUGGAGAACAUCAAGAGGAAAGUGACCAGUGUCUCCAGCAUAAAGCAGGAGGAUAUAAAGGUCCGACAGGACAACGUCACCAAGCUGCUAACAGAUGUUCAGAUGAUGAAGGGCAAACAGGAGAGUAUGGACUCAAAACUCAUGGCCAUGAAACAUGAGAAUGAAGCCCUGUGGAGAGAGGUUGCCAGCCUUCGGCAGAAGCACGCCCAACAGCAAAAAGUAGUCAACAAGCUGAUCCAGUUCCUGAUCUCUCUCGUCCAGUCGAACCGGAUCCUGGGGGUGAAAAGGAAGAUCCCCCUGAUGUUGAAUGAUAGCAGCUCGGCACAUUCCAUGCCCAAGUACAGCCGCCAGUACUCCUUAGAGCACGUCCAUGGCUCGUCUCCCUACACGGCUUCUUCCCCAACCUAUAGUGGCUCCAACCUAUACUCCUCAGACUCCGCAGCCAAUAGUGGACCCAUCAUUUCAGAUGUCACAGAGCUGGCCCAAUCCAGCCCCUCGGCCUCCCCCAGUGGCAGCGUGGAUGAGAGGAUCAGCCCAAUGAUACGAAUCAAGGAGGAGCCCCCCAGCCCACCACGAAGCCCCCAGAUCGAGGAGACCAGUCCGGGCCACCCCCCCUCAGUGGUGGAGACUCCCCUGUCUCCAUGCACCUUCAUCGACUCCAUUCUUCAGGAGAGUGAGCCCAGCACUGCAGCCUCUGUUUCUGGCACUGUGGGUGGGGUCAUCUCCUCUCCACCUCCAGGUCCCCUCCAGACUCCCGAGAAGUGCCUCAGCGUAGCCUGCCUCGACAAUUUGACUCGCACUCCACAGAUGUCUGAGGUCGCCCGCCUCUUCCCCAGCCCUGCCUCUUCCUCUCUGCAUUGCCGAUCACAGCCAGGAAAUGAGCUUAGUGAGCACCUGGAUACCAUGGACUCCAACCUGGACAACCUACAGACCAUGCUAACCACCCACGGCUUCAGUGUAGAUACCAGCGCCCUACUAGAUCUUUUUAGCCCCUCAGUGUCCGUGACAGACAUGAGCCUGCCUGACCUGGAUAGCAGCCUGGCCAGUCCCCUCACUCCCCACCCCCUACAGAUCCAGGACCUCCUCUCCUCCCAGGAGCAACCAAAGCCUCUGGAGACUGAGACAGGUGGUGCAGACUCAGGGAAGCAGCUGGUGCACUACACAGCCCAGCCCUUGUUCCUGGUAGACUCCAGCACUCUGGAUACAACAGGGAAUGACCUGCCCAUCUUCUUCGAACUGGGGGAGGGGCCUUACUUCUCGGAGGGGGAUGACUACACUGAUGACCCCACCAUCUCCCUGCUGUCUGGCUCUGAGCCCACCAAGGCCAAGGACCCUGCCGUCUCCUAAGGCCCCUCUUCCUCUGGGAGGGGGAUGAUCCAGGCAUCAGGGUCCCCCUCCUUCCUUGCCAGCCUUCCUGAGGGUGGGAGAGGGGCACUGUCCCUUGUGUUUGUGCUCAGAGAAGUUGUCAGAAGUCUAAUUUGGGGCCAGACAAGCCUGUUGGAGGGAACCUGGCAACAGAUAGGACCCAGGCCAUAAAUAAAGGGCCACCCACCUGAGCAAGGGGAGAGAGUGUGCCCAAGGGGCUGUUCUGGACAGAGCUUCGUAUAAUGGAAGCAGCCCCAGGUGAGCAGAGGUCAACAGGAGAAAGGACCCCAACCCCAACACCAUGCAUGCAGGGUGGGACCCUGCCCACCACCUCUCACAUUUUCCUGUGGCUUCACUGGGUAGCAGCUUAUGUUUGCCCCACUCCCCAUCCCUGGCUCCGUAUGUUCUCCUGUUGGUUGGUUUGGGGUUUUCUCAGUUACACUUUGUACUGACCCCGCUGAUUGUUGAUAGAAUUGUAUUUUGGAUUUUUACAUGAGAGAAGUUUAUACUUCUCCCUCUAUAUAGAGAAUAUAUAUAUAUUAUAUAUAUACAUACAUACAUACAUAUAUAUAUAUAUAUGAAGACAGACAGAUCUAUAAACAGAGAGGCUAUAUGGUUGUGGUUUCUCAGCUCAUGGGAAAUGUUAUUCCUGGCAUUCAGGGGAAGUUACACUGAAUUCAGAUUGGGUUGAGGCUGCUAAGAUGGCUUCAGUAUUUGGGGAGGGAAGCCAGGAAGGGAAAGAAGCCAAAGUCGGGGGCUGGCCUCUCGGUGGGGGACCAUACCCAAGUGAAAGGUGCCGAGUCCUGAGGUGAGGUGUUUGAAGGGGUGCCCAAGGACCCUCCCCUCCAGGGUUGUACAGUUGAGAACAGGAAGCAGCCAUAAAGAUUUUUUUAAUCCAGCCCCUUUUUAAUGGGUGGGAAAACAAGCCCAGAGAGGUUAAGAGUGCAUCAUGUUAUAGAAAUAACAGUGGGUUAUUUGCAGUCAUUGGGCUCCAAAUUUGCUGUGUGAUCUUAGGCCCAGUCCCUUAAUUCCAGGCCUCAGUUUCCUCAUCUUUAAAGCAAAAAAGUUGUCCUAGAUUUCUAGUCCCUUCUCUAAAAUACGAUCCUCGGUGACCUGCCCAAGGUCACAGAGCUUAUCAGUAAGUGGAAUUGGGAUUCAUAGCCAGGUCUUCUAGAUUCCAAAGUCAGUGCUCCACUACGCCCCACUGCCUUCUCUUCUCAGACCCAUUCUUGUCUCCCUUCUUCUCCUGUUUCUCUUGCCGGCCUAGUUCACGGAUGAGGUCCAUGGUGUUUUACUUGGAUUUGCCCCACAUCUCUGCAACUUCUUUCUCUUAUUCUGCAUUUCAUCCUUCUGCCCUUUUGGAUGAAGAAAUUCCCCAAAUAAAGACGCUAGCAUACAAGGCACACUGACCUGA